AUGUCGGACAUGGUCGAGCCUAAGCGGGCCACGUAUGGCCGUCAUUGGAUACCGAAAGACCAGCAGCCGCCAAAGAAGCCAGCGAAAGUGGCACUGUUUCCAGUGGUCGACAAGCGCACGCAAAAGUUGAACAAGCAAGGCUCAGAGGCGAAAGAAAAAAUCCUCGCCAAGUAUCAGAAGAAAACAAGCACUCGAACAUCACCAAAAGGACACAUGCUCUGGGCCCACGAGACCUUUGACGCUGAGCAAAUGGCCCGACGUUUUCGCUUCGGUGAACAGGUCAGUCCUGCGCUGGUCACCGAAGCGCGCAUGAAGGCUGUGAUGGAUCCAUUCCCACGGGUGCUGGGCUGGAAAGUGAACUCACAGACGGAUCGGAGAAAAUCUGCCAUCAAUGUGACUGUCAGGUACAAUUGCCUACAUCAAAGUGGCGCACCCUAUGAAGAUAUGGUGCCUUUGUGGAGCCUGUGGGAAUUGGUGUCCUUCGGAAAAGCCUUGAAACAGAUUGGAACAAAGAGAACGGCGAAAAUUCCCCAUGCGGCGGAAUUGUGUGCCCGGUGCCCAGCUUUUUGGUGGUCCCUGGCGCUGUGGGCCUUCAGCGAAGUCACACGCACCGUGGACAAGGCCUCCUGGAACACCCUGCCGACGGAAGCCGCGGCCAAGGCAGCGAGGAAGGCGAAAGUCGCGAAAGGAAAAAGUGACGAUGAAAGCCGAGACGAGGCAGAAGCUCCGGCAGUCGCGGAGUCGGAUCAGCUUCAACUGGUCCCGGCGGAGGACGACGACGUCCACGUCCACGUCGACGACGUCGACGGACCCGCCGUUUCGGCGGUUCCCAGAAAGACGGUCCCAAAUUGGCCCCCGCAGUGUCCUAGGAGCCGAGCAGUCUCCAUCCCUGGCCCCUUCGAGACGUUGAUUCAAACGUUUUUUCAAGGCUGUUGGGAGGACCUAUCGGAACGGACCAUCCAGCACCGCAUUGCAGCAGUUCUGGGGGUCAAGGCGGGCCCGCUGCCGCAGAGCUAUCACGUGCUGCGAGAGGAAAGCAUGACAGAGGAGAUGAAGGAAAGUGAAGAGAGGUAUCGUGCGCAGAUGAAGGAGUUCAAAGGACAGGUGCUGGAAAAGAACAAGGAGUCUUAUCGGCAGAGGCAGGCCUUGGAGACGGUGAAGAAGACGUUGGCAGAUUUGCCCCAGGAGCUCCAGCAGCAGCUGCUGGACGAAUUGCAGCCACAAGUUGAGGACCAAAGGAAAAGGAAGAGGGAUCCGCUGGAAGAUGAGAUUUUUGGUUGCAGUGAUGACGAGAAUGCAGAGGAAAAGAGGGCGCCAGAGGAAAAAGAGUGCAAAGCUGCAAAAAGGAGAAAGGAAGAGAGGCAGAAAAGCAAGGACAAAGAUCCUGCAGAGACUGAGGAGCCAAAGCCCAUGAAGAAAAAGAAGCCACCAGAGGAAAAAGCGCCAGAAGCGGCAAAAGAGAGAAAAGAAGAGAGGCAGAAAAGCAAGGACAAAGAUCCUGCAGAGACUGAGGAGCCAAAGCCUAUGAAGAAGAAGAAGCCACCAGAGGACAAAGCGCCAGAAGCGGCAAAAGACCAGAAGGAAGAGAGGCAGAAAAGCAAGGACGAAGAUCCUGCAGAGACUGAAGAGCCAAAGCCUAGGAAGAAGAAGCAGAAGAAGCCACCAGAGGACAAAGCGCCAGAAGCGGCAAAAGACCAGAAGGAAGAGAGGCAGAAAAGCAAGGACAAAGAUCCUGCAGAGACUGAGGAGCCAAAGCCUAUGAAGAAGAAGCCACCAGAGGACAAAGCGCCAGAAGCGGCAAAAGACCAGAAGGAAGAGAGGCAGAAAAGCAAGGACGAAGAUCCUGCAGAGACUGAGGAGCCAAAGCCUAGGAAGAAGAAGAAGCCACCAGAGGACAAAGCGCCAGAAGCGGCAAAAGACCAGAAGGAAGAGAGGCAGAAAAGCAAGGACAAAGAUCCUGCAGAGACUGAGGAGCCAAAGCCUAUGAAGAAGAAGAAGCCACCAGAGGACAAAGCGCCAGAAGCGGCAAAAGAGAGAAAAGAAGAGACUGCAGAGUCGUUGAAGAAAAAGAUGGCUUCAGAGAACAAAGCGCCCAAAGUGGCAAAAGAGAGGAGACCAGAGACUGAGGAGCAAAAGGGCUUGGGCUUGAGACAAAAGAAGCCAGAGGACAAAGCGCCAGAAGCAACAAAAGACCAGAAGGAAGAAAGGCAGAAAAGCAAGGGCAAAGACACUGCAGAGACUGAGGAGCCAAAGCCUCUGAAGAAAAAGAAGCCACCAGAGGACAAAGCGCCAGAAGCGGCAAAAGAGAGGAAAGAAGAGAGUCACAAAAGCAAGGGCAAAGAUCCUGCAGAGACUGUGGAGCCAAAGCCCAUUAAGAAAAGGAAGCCACCAGAGGACAAAGCACCAGAAGCGGCAAAAGAGAGAAAAGAAGAGAGGCAGAAAAGCAAGGGCAAAGAUCCUGCAGAGAAUGAGGAGCCAAAGCCCAUGAAGAAGAAGGAGCCGCCAGAGGACAAAGCGCCAGAAGCGGCAAAAGAGAGGAAAGAAGAGAGUCACAAAAGCAAGGGCAAAGAUCCUGCAGAGACUGACGAGCCGAAGCCUAUGAAGAAAAAAAAGCCACCAGAGGACAAAGCGCCUGAAACAGCAAAAGAGAGGAAAGAAGAGAGGCAGAAAAGCAAGGGCAAAGAUCCUGCAGAGACUGAGAACGAACAGUCCCUGAAGAGAAAAAAGCCGCCAGAGGACAAAGCGCCAGAAGCGGCAAAAGAGAGAAAAGAAGAGAGGCAGAAAAGCAAGGACAAAGAUCCUGCAGAGACUGAGGAGCCAAAGCCUAUGAAGAAGAAGAAGCCACCAGAGGACAAAGCGCCAGAAGCGGCAAAAGAGAGAAAAGAAGAGACUGCAGAGUCUUUGAAGAAAAAGAUGACUUCAGAGAACCAAGCGCCCAAAGUGGCAAAAGAGAGGAGAGAAGAGAUUGCAGAGACUGAGAAGGAACGGUCCCUGAAGAGAAAGAAGUCGCUAGAGGACAAAGCGCCAGAAACGGCAAAAGAGAGGAAAGAAGAGACUGCAGAGACUGAGAAGGAACAGUCCCUGAAGAGAAAGAAGCCGCCAGAGGACAAAGCGCCAGAAGCGGCAAAAGAGAGGAAGGAAGAGAGGCAGAAAAGCAAGGGUAAAGACUCUGCAGAGAUUGAGGAGCCAAAGCCCGUGAAGAAAAAGAAGCCGCCAGAGGACAAAGCGCCAGAAGCGGCAAAAGAGAGGAAAGAAGAGAGUCAGAAAAGCAAGGGCAAAGAUCCUGCAGAGAUUGAUGAGCCAAAGCCUCUGAAGAGAAAGAAGCCGCCAGAGGACAAAGCGCCAGAAGCGGCAAAAGAGAGGAAAGAAGAGAGGCAGAAAAGCAAGGGUAAAGACUCUGCAGAGAUUGAGGAGUCAAAGCCCAUGAAGAGAAAGAAGCCACCAGAGGACAAAGCGCCAGAAGCGGCAAAAGAGAGAAAAGAAGAGACUGCAGAGUCUUUGAAGAAAAAGAUGACUUCAGAGAACCAAGCGCCCAAAGUGGCAAAAGAGAGGAGAGAAAAGAUUGCAGAGACUGAGAAGGAACAGUCCCUGAAGAGAAAGAAGCCACCAGAGGACAAAGCGCCAGAAGCGGCAGAGAGGAAAGAAGAGAGGCAGAAAAGCAAGGGCAAAGACUCUGCAGAGACUGAGGAGCAAAACUGCGCUAAGAAGGGUGAGGAAAGGAAGGCUCAGACAAGUCAGGCGAGGGAAAGACAAACAGAAAGCGACGUGAACACGGUUUCAAGGUCCAAAAAGUUGGCAAUGGAAGCCGGAAAGAAUUUGGGCCCGAAGGAGUUGAAGUUAGUCAGUGAUUUGCCAGGGUAUGGAUCAGCAAAUCCGACCGCCAGAUUCAAGAAAUUGAGACCAGGACCUGCUGAAGUCGUUGAGCUUUAAGAGUUGCUUGCCAAAA